GGCAUGGCGGGCGCGGGAUGCAACCCGGCCAUCCCGGUGUGGCUGAACGAGGAGGACUUGAACUGCAUCAUCUGUCACGGGCUCCUGGACUGGCCCGCCACGCUGCCCUGCGGCCACAACUUCUGCCGCGGCUGCCUGAGGCACCUGCGCGCCGCCGGCCACGGCUGGGCCUGCCCGACCUGCCGUGAGGACUGGCCGCGGCCGCCGCCGCUGAGGAAGAACACGCAGCUGCAGGCGCUCGUGGACAAGUACGCAUGCGCGGCGCGGGAGCUGGACGCCGGCCCCGAGCCCGCGCCGGGCCACGCGCACGCACACGCGCAUGCGCACCAGCCGCCGCCGGCGGCAGUACCAAAGAGCACCAUGGAAGCCAUCCAGGGGCUGACAGGACUGGUGGAACAGCUUGUGGACACGGUCAAGAGACUUCAGAGGCAGAGAUGCAGCUUGGAACCUGGACUGGACAAUGAAUUGGGCAUCCUGGGCAAGGCUGCUGCUUCUGUGGACAAUACUUCUUUGGUUUCUCCAAAGCUAACAACUUCCAACACAUCUGAGGAGAAAAUGAUAAAUAUUCUUCAUAAUCUAGAAGAAAUUCAGGAAAAAUUGCAAGGGUACAACACAUGGAAAGUGGCUUCUGAGGAGCAAACCCUGGUGGAUCACCUCAAAGCUCUGCCUUCCUCAUCACACUUGCCAGACCAGAGAUGCCCUGCACCCAACAGAGCCUCUCAGUUUGCCCCAUGGGCCAUCAAUCCAACCUUUGACUUGAAGAGCCUCUCCUGUAGUCUGGAGGUGUCCAAGGAUUGCCAGAGGGUGACCGUGUCUCCCCGCCCACAGCCCUAUCCCUGGAGUUGUGAGAGGUUUUCAGUCAGCCAGGUCUUAUGUUCCCAGGCCUUCUCUUCUGGAAGGCAGUACUGGGAAGUGGACACUAGGUGUUGCAACUGCUGGGCUGUUGGCGUGGCUUCCUGGAGCAUGAACCGAGACAAGAUGCUGGGAAGGACUACGGACUCCUGGUGUAUAGAGUGGAGGGGGACUGGCCAGUUCUCUGCAUGGGCCAUGGGCAAGAAAACUGACCUUGAUUCCAGUAAACCUGGGAUUGUGGGCGUCUUGCUGGACCUUGAAUUUGGGAAGCUUGUCUUCUACUCAGUGGCCAAUCAAGAGAGGCUCCUGUAUGAGUGUGAGAUCUCUGCUUCCUCUCCUGUGCACCCUGCCUUUUGGCUAUAUGGCUUAAAUCCUGGAAACUCCCUGGUCAUAGGGCGAAUAAAGGCAUAAAGGUCUCCCAGUGGCUGGAACAGUGGGUUCCUGGUUUCUGUCUUGGGUGGUGACACCACCCUACUUAUGGAAGUUGGACAUGGUAGCAACAUUCUUGUAACCCCAGCAGUUGGGAGGUGGAAGCAGGAGAGUAAUUGCAAGUUUGAGGCAUGUGUGGCCUACCUAGUGAGUUCAAGUGUAGCUUGGGCUAUGUGGUGAGACUGUAUCUCAAAAAAAAAAAAAAAAAAAAGCCACUUUUGAAGUUAAUUCUUUUAUGCAGUGCAGGAUUAACUAAACAGGCUUGAUUUCUUUGAACCCUUCAUGUGUCAAAGAAAAGACUGGCCUUUCCCUGGCUCCUGGGAGAUGACCUCUAGGCCUUUGAUAUAGCCUAUCUAAUAAAAGUGACUUGGAAGCCA